CUCUGGCUCGCUAACUCAGCUGCUCUGGAGGAUUCAUGCGCGGUAUGUUUCCAUUGUAGAAAACCUGGUCACGGAAUUGCAGAUUGCCCAGCCGCCCUUGAAAAUCAAGAUAUGGGCACUGGAAUAUGUUACCGCUGCGGGUCCACAGAGCAUGAAAUAACCAAGUGUAAGGCUAAAGUAGACCCAGCUGUUGGUGAAUUUCCUUUUGCAAAAUGUUUUGUUUGUGGGGAAAUGGGACACCUGUCUAGAUCUUGUCCUGAUAAUCCCAAAGGACUCUAUGCUGAUGGUGGUGGUUGCAAACUUUGUGGCUCUGUGAAACAUUUUAAGAAAGAUUGCCCUGAAAGUCAGAAUUCAGAUCAAAUGGUCACAGUUGGUCGCUGGGCAAAGGGAAUGAGUGCAGACUAUGAAGAAAUUCUGGAUGCGCCUAAACCACAGAAACCCAAAACAAAGAUACCUAAAAUUGUUAAUUUUUGAUAAGACUAGCACUAUUGUUAGUUACCACCUCAUUGUUACUUUCUAAAGUGGGCCUACUUCACUAAUUAGAGCUAGGCUCCCUUGGAGCUAAGCCCAUAUUGUAGGUAUCAGUAUGAUCUAGGGGUGGUCAAAAACAGUUUUCUGCAUUCUGUCCAUCAAAGGGUACUUCUGCCAGUGUUUGGAGAAAAUCACUGAAGAAAAAAGAAUGAGAUGAUUAAAUUGGAUUUUCUAAAAGAACAUAUUUUUAACAGAACUUAGACAUAUCUAAGUGGUUAUAUACUAGAUUGUAACAAACAUCCUUUUUAAAGGCAAAAUUAUGUAUAAAUGUAAACCACCCCUAACAAAGGGUAC